CUUUAAGGAAAAAUAAAAUACAGGCGUUAAAAUUCAGUUACAACACCAUGGAAGUUUCUCUUUGUGCUCCUCCUUCAAUUACAUCCCCAGUCCCCAUACCCCAAUCAAAACCCACUUUCACAAAGUGUUCAAAUCCAACGGCGAGAUUCAUCUGUACCCAAAGAUGCAAAGCUUUGACAGGAAACAAUCAGCGGCUCACAACCAAGGUUGCUGCUAAUAUUCAGGAUAUUGCAGCCGUAGCUGAUCCUGGCCGUGUAGAUAUUACAUGGCAAAUUGUUGUUGGAGCUGCAGCUGGGGUUACCCCUUUCGUUGUUGCAGGGAUUGAGUUCAGCAAAAGAAUUAUUGCACAAAGGAGAUGUGAAGAAUGUGGAGGCUCAGGACUUGUUUUCAGAGGCAAGGAUUAUUUUAAAUGCCCUGAAUGUGGUAUGCCUUGUCAAUUGUGGAUUUCUUCCAUGGCAGUCAUGGAAAAGAUUCUUCACUGGUUGAAACUAAACGACUCCUUCCGAAUUUACAAGCCAAGUUCACACUUUCCUUCGUAGACUUGUGCUUCAAGGCAAUUAGUUGAAACCUUGAAAGCCAAGCAAGUAACAGUUUAUUCAAGAACAAUGUAAAAGUUUUUCCUGCAAAUAUAUACAGAUAUAUGGCAUGUGAUAGAUACUCAUGAAAUGUGCUUCAUUUUGAUAUUGUUUCUGUCAAGCAAGAGAAAAAUUACUGUCGCA